AUGCGAUCUGCUAACCCUGCUUACGAGCAGGGUCCCAGAUCACUUACUCGAUCCUUUAUCCCAGGUGACGGAUCACUUACCCAAGUAGCGCCUGCAACUAAAAAAAUACAUUUAGAAGCCAUACCUGUAAGCAAGGAAACAAAAUUUGAUGAAGGAGAUAUUAGCGAAAUGUUGUUUGUGUUGCAGCAUUCUAACUUGCAAACGUGUCAACCAACAAAAGUAAAGCAAAUGUUUGCAUCGAGGGCUUGCAGGAAAUCUGUUAUGAUCGGAACACCACUUUUACCUUCAGUUAUGAAAAAAAUAGUGGAUCAUAUGGGUGAUAUUCAUCAACCAUGGCUGCAUUUUUUUCGUCUAUUUUUGUCGGGUUUCAUCUGCAAACGUCUGGUUUUAUCCGAUUUUACCCGCAAACGCCUGCCUAGUCCAAUUUCACCCGCAAACAUCUGCUUUUAUCCGCGAACAUCUGCUUUUAUCCGCAAUCGUCUGAUCUUAUCCGGUUUUACCCGCAAACAUCUGCUUUUAUCUGCGAAUGCCUGA